AUGACUACCACCACUAAUGAAAAAAAUUCAAACAUUCAAGAGAAUAAUGACUUUCAAGAUUUUAAUGAAGAUAAUAUUAAAUUUCCACCAGAAUUAGAGACAUCAAUAUCAAACAUUCUUCAAAUUAAUGAUCCAUUAGAUGGAGCAGAUUUUAAUCCCAUCGAGUAUCUUAAUCAAAUGCUUCCCGAUGAGCAUGCGUUAACGUCAAUUGACGUUACUGGGAAAAAACUUCAAACGAAGAUGCGACAAUUGGAAGCGGACAUUCGGGAAUUAACGAAAAUGCAAAUCAAUUGUGGACAACGUGGAGCUGAAGAAGUGGCGGAAGCCAAAAGAGCUAUUGAGGAAUUAUUUAAUCAAAUAAGACAAAUCAAAGAAAAAGCAUCACAAUCAGAAAUAAUGGUACAAGAAAUUACCCAAGAUAUUAAAUCAUUGGAUUAUGCCAAAAAACAUUUAACCAUUUCGAUUACCGCUUUGAAAAGAUUACAAAUGCUUGUUACAGCAGUUUCACAAUUGAAAAUUAUGGCUCAAAGGAAACAGUAUAAAGAGACAGCACAACUUUUACAAGCAGUAUUACAACUUGGAUUAUAUUUCAAAAGUUAUAAGAAUAUCAAACAAAUAGCAACAUUAUCAGCUUCAGUGAAUUCAUUACAGAAUGACCUUAAAAAGCAAAUAUUUGAUGAUUUCGAAUCAAGUUUUUCAACAGAUGGAAGUUUGAUCGUUCAGACAGCUUCUCUGGAUGAAGCAUGUUUGGUAAUUGAAAUAAUUGGUGCUGAUGUAAGAAAACAACUCAUUUCUUGGUAUUAUGAGAAACAAUUGGGUGAUUAUAAAAGAAUAUUCCGAAGUGAAGAGAAUUCUUCAUUGGAAAAUACAUCUAGAAGAUAUUCAUGGUUAAAAAGAGUUUUGAAAAAUUAUGACGAAAAACAUUCUUCGAUAUUUCCUGUAGAGUGGCGAGGAGAAAGUGAAUUGGAUGUCAAGAUUUUAUUAAAAAAUCUGCAAUUGACAAUAGAAUUUGAAAAUCAAUUAACAAAAAGAUUUUCUAAUGUGGAUGAUCCUAGAUCUUCUAAAGUUGAAAUCAAUUUCAGUAAAAAGAUUUCAAUAUCAUUUGAACCAUAUCUUGGUUUAUAUAUUGAUGCUGAAGACAAAAAAUUAUCCGAAAUUAUCAAUUCAUAUCGAUUGGAAUCUGUUCCUGAUGAUGAUUCUUCCACUACUGUACUACAGUCAAGCACAGACUUAUUUUAUUUCUAUCGUGAGACAUUGGCAAAUUGUGCAAAAUUAUCUACCAAAAAACCUUUAUUUGAUUUAUAUAUUAUGUUUGCUAAAUGGCUUCGAAUAUACGCAAGUGAGGUUUUGAUUGGGCGACUUCCAAAAGAAGAACGUAAAUCUAUGUCACGGGAUGAUUCGAAAUUAAUUUGUUUCAUUCUUAACACUGCUGAUUAUUGUCAUGAUACUACAUCUCAACUUGAAGACAAAUUAAAAGAAAAGAUUCAUGACGAAUAUAAAGAAAAAAUUAAUUUUGAUAAUGAACGCAAUCAUUUUCGAAAUGUGGUCACUUCAUCCAUCAAAUCCUUGAUUCGUGGCAUUGAAUCAUGCUAUGAACCAUCAUUGGUUGCUAUGACAAAAAUACAAUGGAGCAAUUUGGAUUCUGUCGGUGAUCAAUCCGAAUAUGUCACUUUAUUUCAUGUGACUUUACGAUCAAAUGUUGUAAAUAUACAUAAAGAUAUAACAAAUAAUCGUUAUUUUAGAACAUUUUGUGAUAGAUUCGUAGAAUCUUUUGUUUCGAAAUUAAUUAAUAAUCUUUCGAAAUGUAAACCUAUUUCUGAAGUUGGAGCAGAACAGAUGUUAUUAGAUACAUAUGCUCUUAAAACUUCAUUAUUGGAAAUGCCAACAAUGGGUAUGGAAAAUCCUGAUCCACCUCCAACAACCAAGAUAGAAACUAUCUUGAAGACAAUUCUCAAAUCUCAUGAUCCCCCUGAAGGAUUAGUUGAGAAUUAUAUUUUUUUGAUUGCUGAUAAAAAUCUUGGAAACUUUCAAAAAAUAUUGGAAUUAAAGGGAUUAAAGAAAAAUGAACAACCACCUAUUAUAGAAAUCUUUCAACAAAGAAUUUUGGAUUAUCCCAAAUUAUCAGAAAAUUCAAAUAUAAUGUCAUCAAUUACUUUGACACCAUUUAUCACCACUCCAUCUUUACCUAGUAGUAAUAAUAAUAAUUUUUCAAUUGUACUUGCUGGUAGAAGUUGGCGAAAGAAGGAUGGUAAAGAUGGUCUUGAAGAAUUUUUGAUAAUUUAA